ACAAAAACUACACUCAUUGCAAAAAAGAAAAACACAACAAACACAAAUAACCUAAACACACAAUAACAAAAUAGUUGUAAAACAACAAAAAAAACUGUGAGAAAAAAAGCAUCAACCACUUAUACACAAAACAGAGAAAUAAACGCAAACAAAGCAAAAUGUCAUAACGAUUCUAUGAGAAUGUGUGAGUGUUAACAUUUUUGUGGAUGAUAAAGCAAGCAAAAACAACAAGACAACAAGUAAACGAAUGUAGUGAAAAAAAGCGGCGUCAGUGGAUUUAAUUUGUUGAGUGUGUGUAGAGCGAAAAAAAGCAAUGAUUGUUAAGAAGAAAUUAAACAAAAUUUAUUAUUAAAAAAUUAAUGGAAAAAAGCAGAAAAUAUUUAUACAUAUGUAUGAAUUAUUUAAAAAGAAAAUUGAAUUAUACAAGUAAAAGAAAACAACAAAGAAAUUAAUAAUACAAAAAAUUAUUGUACAGUGUUAAAGAAAGAAACAAAGAAAAUUAGUGUUAAGUGCUGUGAAGAAAUAAAGACAACAAAAUGAUCAACACUUUGCUGGAGCAUGUGCCCAUCAAAAUGGAAGUCAAAGACAUUGAUGAAGAGGCCACAGAUAAUGCAGCAAAUGAGGCAACUGGCUUAGAAAUGGCUAAUGAUGAUGAAGAAAUUGAUGAGACCGAUGAAGAGCUAGACGACGAUGAUGAUGAGGAAGACGAAGAAGAUGAGGAGGAAGAGGAUGAAGAAGAGUCUGAAACAGAAACUGAUGCCCUGGAAAUUGAACAAGAGGCUACCAUGUUAAUAAGCAGUGAUGAAGAAGCCGAACUGGAGGCUCAAAGAAUACGUUUUCCCGAUAAAAUGGCCGUCAAAAAAUUGCGUCGCGACUCCCUUAAAUCUUCACGCAGCUCCUCCAGAAAUAGCCAAAAUAGUAAUUCAUCUUCCACUAAAUCGUCCAAGCCUCAAAAUACAGCCGAAGUUGUUGCUUUAAAAGACACCAGGGAGGAAACAGACAAGAAACAAAGAAUUUCACCUCGCCUUAAGCUUAUGGAGAAAAAUACAUCUGUGGAGAGCUUGCAAAAAGAGAACAACAAUAACACAAAUACACAAACGAAAAAGAAAACGGAGCACAAAAAAUUGGAAAAUAACAAAAACAAACAGCAAGAGACAAGCAAAUGUUUGGACAACAAUAAAUCUACUGAGAGCAACAACAAAAACUUGGAAAAUAAUCGUAAUAUCGAAAAUUUACGCAAAUCUCCUGCCAAUGUUCCAUCUCAGGCCUCAAAGAGUCGCCGAGGCAGUAAUAAUUCCACUUGCAGUGUAGCCUCUACGGUGGCCUCGGAUUCUGCCGAAACCGAAUCCUGUGGCAAUAUUUAUGUCUUCAAUUUGCAACAGAAACUUAUAUUCAAUUGUGAAUUUUGCGAUUUGAAAUAUGGGGAUUUGGAGAAUUUUGGACGUCAUCUGCAUGAGGCCCACAAACUCUUCAGUUUCGAUGAAGAUCCUGAAAAGGAAAAUGCUCCUCGGAAUUUGCGCAAAAGCAAUCGUAUGUCUAAUUCAAAUAAUGCGCCCAAAAAUGCCGCCAAUGUAAAAAAAGAACCCCUACAAUGUCUAGAUGCGUUGGCCGAACCACCACCUGUUGUUGCUUUGCCGCUUUCCGUUUUGGCUGAGCCUUUAGAAUCAUGUGGCAAUGUUUUUAUGUUGAAUCAUCGUAAAUUGUUUUUGGUGUGUGGCUACUGUGAGUGUAAAUACGCCAAUUUGGAUUUGUUUGAGAAACAUUUAAGGCAACAGCAUCGUAUUUUUGAGGGUUGUCGCAAUGAGGUGAAUGUGGUGCCCAAGGUGGAGAUCAAACAGGAAAUGUUUGUUAUUACGGAAGUGUUGGGGCAACAGGAUCAUAUAGCUCCCCAAGCUAUGGUCAGUAUACCAGCAGAAAUUCCUUUAGAUAUAAGUAUUUCACCAGAAAAUGAGGCAGCCACAAUAGCGGCUUUAAAUGAAACAAUGGAAAUGGAAGAAGAUGUCCUUGAAGAGCAGCCAACAUCAUCAUCCUGUGCUAAGGCAGACAAUGGCUUGGUUUCUACUUUACUUAAGGAACCAUUAGCAAAGGAUGCUAUAACAAAUGAACAUUCUAAACCAAAAGAUAGUGAAAAUUUGUUAGAAGCUAUGGAGGUGGAGAAACCUGUUGCUGUUAAGAAACCGAGAAAUAAAAGACGUUCGUCUCCUGUUAAACCUUUAGCUUCGCCUAAUAAACGUCCUAAAAGAAAUACCAGGAAUAAAACAAAAGUUCAAGAGGAGACCACUCCCACAAUUGUAGAACCUAAUGUCGCUGAACAAAUUGCUCCCACAGAAACAACUCAACUUAUGGAAACAGAAAAUAUCAAUGUAACUAUAAAAUCUGCAGACACUAAACCUAACAUAUCAAAGGAAUCUACCGAAGAAUCUACCGAAAAAUCUUCAGAUACUAUAGAACCACAGACAACCACAACUCCAGACAAAGCUGCUGAAACUGAGAAAGUAAUUGUUCAAGAAACGACAGAAACUAAAGAAAUCAAAAAGCCCACAAAAACGAAGAAAACAACUUCUACAGAAACGACAGCAACCAGGAAGUCUAUAUCAACAGAAUCGAUAGAAAACAAGAAACCCACAAAAUCUGCGGAAUCUAAGCAGAUAACACCUCUAGAAACGAUAGAUACCAUUAAUACCACAAAAACGGCAGAAUUUAAGAAAGCUACUUCUCCUGAAGUAGUAACAGAAACCAAGAAACCUAUAAAAUCGGCAGAACCUAAAAAAUCCAAUCCUAAACAAACGACAGAAACUAAGGAAAUCAAAACUCCCACAAAAGCUGAAGAAUCCAAGAAACCAACAACUAUCGAAACAAUAGAAAUACAAGAAACCAAGAAUCUUAGAAAAACUGCAGAAUCCAAGAAAGUAACACCUAUAGAAACAACAGAAAUCAAGAAGUCUACAAAACCUACAGCAUCCAUGAAAGUAACAUCUACAAAAACAACAGAAACUACAGAAACCACGAAGGCUACAAAAACUGUAGGAUCCAAGAAACCAACAGCAGCUCCAGAAACUAAAGAAGCCCGAAAAUCAGUAGAAAUAAAUGAAUCAACACCUGCAGUAAUCCCGGAAACUAAAGAAAGCGCAAUAUCUAUAAAAUCGGCGGAAACAAAGGAACCAACAAUUGCUGUAGUAAGUUCAGAAACUAAAGUAAACAGAGUAACAAUAAAAGCACAAGAAUACAACAAACCAAUAGCACAAGAAACGGAAGCAACUAAAGAAACCAGAAAAACUACAAAAACACAAGAAUUAACAACUCCAGAAAUAAAAGAAAACAGAAAAUCAACAAAAUUAGAAGCAAACGAACCAACAAUAAUUCCAGAAGAAACAGCAGAAGCUAUAACAGAAACUGAAACGAAUAGCUUGACAACACAGGAACUCUUGGAAACCCAAACACCUACAAAAGCUGAAGCAAGAAAACCUAAACAAACUAAGAAAGGCAGAAAAUCAACAACUAAAGCUCCUAGAAAAUCCACAGAAACUAAAAAGCCAACCAAGCUGGAAACACCAGACUCGGAAAUUGAACCGGAAUCUAGUGAAACCGAAAUGCAGUGUAACGAAUGCGACAAGAAAUUUGCGCGACGCGAAAGUUUGAAAAUACACAAACGCGUACAUACCGGCGAGAAGCCGUUCGUUUGCGAUAUUUGCCAAAAAACUUUCCGGGCCAAACAAAAUCUCACCAUGCACAAAAAGUUUCACAUGGGCGAUGCUUCCAAAACCUUUGAAUGUGAACACUGUGACAAGAAGUUUAUGCGCAACACCGAUCUCAAGGUGCACAUGAGAACGCAUACGGGUGAGAAGAAAUUCAAGUGUGGCAUCUGUUUGCAAGGUUACGCCUCGAAAGUCAAUGUACAGACUCACAUAGAGAGAGAUCAUUUGUCGGCGGAUGGGGUAGUGGGCACACCACCCCGUGGCAAAAAGAAAUCAGGGCCCAAUUUCAAGGUCUUAAGGGAAGAGCUGGAGUAUCAGAAGAAAAUCAUCGAAGAAUUGCAAAAAGCCAAAAAGGAAAAAGAAAUCAUCACACCAACUUUACAGCCAACAACACCACCACCACCCCCCUCGCCCGUGGAGCAGUUAACAGCAGAAACGCUACAACACUAUGCAGAGGAGGACAGUGACAUGCAAGAUCUCAAUGCUGAUCCGGUUAAUGAUAUAAUUGAACAGAUACAAAAUGAAAUUUUACUAAGCGAACAAGAACGCCAACAAGAAAAUGUUCAAGCCAACUCGGUAACCUUCACCAUAAACACUGUGCCCGACAGUAAUGAAGCAUUAAAGCUGCACAACAAUGCUAACACCAGCACAAACUCAAUUGUUCUAGAGUCACAAGCCAAUGAACUGUUAAAUUCUCCCGUAGACAUUAAACCUACGCUGUUGCAAGUUGUUAAGCGUUAUGUCUGCGAUCAGUGUAAUCGUACGUUCAAGAAACACAUACGCCUAGUGGAACAUCUACGUGUGCAUACGGGCGAGAAACCGUUUGGUUGCGAUGAAUGCGGCAAACAGUUUCGCAUACGCAUGCGUCUGAACGAACACAAACUACGACAUUCCAAAGACAAGAAAUUUAAAUGUGAAAUCUGUGGUUUAGGCUGUUGCACCAAGCAGGACUUGAACUUACACAUGCGUCAUCACACCAAUGACAGGCGUUUCCAAUGCUCCAUGUGUCCCAAGGCAUUUGUGCGUAGCUCCGAUUUGAAGACACAUGUACGUGUACACACCGGCGAAAAGCCGUAUGUCUGCGACAUAUGCCACAAAUGUUUCCGGGCCAAUCCAAAUCUCAUCGUACACAAAAAGUCACACAUGGGAGAGGCCUCCAAAACCUUUCAAUGUGAACACUGUGAUAAGAAGUUUAUGCGCAACAUUGAUCGCAAAGUACACAUGCGAUCACACACAGGUGAGAAGCCCUACAAAUGUGAGAUCUGUCAACGUGGCUAUUCUUCGAAAUUCAAUGUGCGAGCUCACAUAGAAAGAGAUCAUAUAUCGGCCAAUGGCAUGGGCACACCACCCAAGGGUAAAAAGAAACCAGGACCCAAACCCAAGAGUUUAAAGGCAGAAUUGGAGAAACAAAAGAAACUCAUAGAGGAAUUGCAACAUCAACUGUUGCAGCAGAUAAAAACCGACGAAAAGAUCAUACCCUCCGAAGAAGAAAUCUUACCACACGACACUUUACAAGAUUGCACCAUAACAGCCUCCUCGCCGCUUGUCAGCAGCAGCAGCAAUGAUCCCAUACAAAAUGCUUACGAUUUGCUGAAAAAACUGAAAUCAGCUACAACUACCUCCAAACCCUUAACUAUAAUUCCAUCGCCUCCUCCAAUGGCAGAGCCAGCCUCAAAUCCCUUUACAAAAGCCAAAAAGGCCUGCUCCACUUUACUACCUCUGACCAUAACUCAAAAAAUUGAACAACACUCACCGGUGCCCUCCACCUCAUCAAGUACUUCGCUAUCAUGUCUAACAACACCCUCACCGCCCAAGACCACAGCCACCAAGGUGGUGUCACAAAAGACUUCGCUGGGCAUACAACAAGUAUCGGUGACCGUAUCCAUGCAGGUGGAAAAUGUAACAGCAGCCAGUUCCCCCACCACCCCCGAGAAAGAGAAUGCUGGCAUUUUGACAACAAGCUCGAGCGGCGGCGCAACAACGACAAUGACUAGUGUUAAGAAGGAACGGAAAAUAACUAGUUAUUUUACGGUGGUGGGUCAAAAGGCAGAUGCUUAAUUGUAGAAUAGUGAAAGCUAGCAGGGCAAGGAAGAGAAAGGCAGUAAUUAAAGCAGAUUUGUAAGGUAA